AACUUGAUGGAAGAAAACACACACAAAUACAAUCAAAGAAUCACAAAAAGUAUAAGCCAAAAAAACAAACAUGAGUUCCAAUUCCAAUGACAAAGUGAACCAUGUUGUUGAAACUCACACCCCACAAAUAGAUGACAAUGAGACACUCUCAGCCAUGGUACUAGGUUCCAAUUUGGUGUUUCCAGCAGUUCUUAAUGCUGCAAUUCAACUCAACUUGUUUGAAAUCAUUGGGGAUGGAUUCAAGUCAGCCAUUGAAAUUGCUUCAAACUUACCAACUCAACACUCUGAUUUGCCAAAUCGGCUCGACCGUAUGUUACGCUUGCUUGCAAGCUACUCUCUUCUGUCUAUUUCUACUCGGACUAAUGAUGAUGGUAGCAUUGUUAGAGUUUUUGGGAUCACACCUUCUGGUAAAUACUUUUGCUAUGAUGAAAAUAGUGAUCAUGGUUAUGUUGGCUCGUUCACAUCAUUUAUGUGUCACCCUGCUUUGAUAGGGUUGUGGUUGAAUUUCAAGGAUGCAGUACUUGAUCCAGAGAUUGACCUAUUCAAGAAAGUUAAUGGAAUAUCAAAGUAUGAGUACUUUGGGAAAGAUCCACAAAUAAACCAAAUAUUCAACAAAUCAAUGACUAAUAUGACCAAAAUUCACAUGAAAGAAAUUCUUGAAAAAUACAAAGGAUACGAGGGAAUAUCAACUUUGGUUGAUAUUGGAGGUGGAAAUGGACAAACUCUCAAAAUGAUUAUUGAAAAAUAUCCAUCAAUUAAGGGAAUCAAUUUUGACCUUCCUCAAGUGAUUGAAAAUGCAUCACCCAUUCCAGGGAUUGAGCAUGUUGGAGGAAGCAUGUUUGAAAGUGUUCCACAAGGAGAUGCCAUAAUGCUUAAGGCUGUAUGUCAUAAUUGGUCGGAUGAAAAAUGCAUAGAAAUAUUUAGCAAUUGUUACAAAGCUUUGCCUCAAAAUGGAAAGGUGAUUCUUGUGGAGCUUGCACUACCAGAAUGUCCAGAACCAACAAAUGCAUCCAGAUUUGCUUCAAUUAUUGAUAAUAUCAUGUUCAUUAAUGCUGGUGGAAAAGAAAGAACUCCUAAAGAAUAUGAAAUUUUUGCUCAACGCUCUGGAUUUUCAAGACUUGAAGUUGUUUGCUGUGCUUUCUCUAUUAUUGGAGUUAUGGAAAUUUAUAAAUAAAUAGGUUUAUGUCAUCAGUUUCCUUGUUUUUUGUGGAUGAAUAAGUCAUAUGUGAUAUGACAUUUUAAUGUGGAUGUUUUGAUAUUUAACUAUCAUGUUUCUUGAAUCAUUGUACACCACUUUUUUAAAUAUGAUGUUUUGAUAUUUAAAUAUGAUGUUUCUAGAA